UGAGAAGAAAGCAUGACAUCACUCAGACUUACUCUCCACCCAAAAAGAUCUGGGAUGGAGGUACAAACGUGAGCCAGACAAGCGAGGAGCUAGCAACACAGUUCAAUCCAAUUCCUAAGGACACAGUGAGAGUCAGAUGUCCAGUGGAGCAGAAGGGGCUACUUUUUUAUGAUGAGAACCAAAACUGGCUUCAGAUCUCUGACAAAGUAAAAAUAAUUGGAUAAAAGAAAAAAAAAAGAAAAAGAAAACCACAGACAGCAAACAUUGUAAAAUAAGAUCUCUUCUUUUGGCACAAAUAACAGCAGAACUACUUGCAUUCUUUCUGUGCAAUUGCACAAUUUUUGGAUCUUAUUAUUUUUAUCUUAUGAUUUUGCUCCAGUCAUGGUUAUGUGUUUUUUGGUAAUUCAAGUGAUCCACAUUUAAAGCAAGCAAAUAUUCAUGAAGGCUCUGGAAGAAUAUAUUGCUUUCUCACUGGAAGAAUGGAGUUUCUGAACCUGUGUGGAAAAUGCAGAUUUUAAAAGAAAAAAAAGUAGCAAAGGAGAACUUGUGUUCAUGAUUGAAAUCUCCCAGGAAUUAGAUCUCAAUUGCACUUGAAAACGCAAAAGGACCAUGAAGAAUUUGUUGUCUCUGCUCUGUUAUUAUUUGCUGCAGAUUUUAUUUCAGUCUAAAUAUCAGGUGUAUGGAAACUAUUCCAGGCUACCUAAACACCCAGGGUUCAAAGUUUUAGCCUCAGCUUCCCACUACUGGCCACUGGAAGAUGUAGAUGGAAUCCAUGAGCUUCGGGAUACAAGUGGAGCUCUAAGAAUCCACAACUUCACUGUGCUUCCUUCCCAUAACUCUACCUUUGUAUAUACCAAUGACUCUGCCUACUCUAACUUCUCUGCAACUGUAGAUAUUGUAGAAGGGAUGGUCAACAAAGGAAUUUAUGCCACCGAAAAGAAAGGAGUUACCUUUCUCUUCUUCGGAAGCUACCAAAACUCUUGCAUUAGUAACCCAGAAAUUUGUGGACCUGAAGGAGUAACAUUUUCUUUUUUCUGGAAGACUCAGGACCAGCAGGCUAAAUAUCCCCCAGCCUCCGGGGGACAGGUCAUUUCUAGUGGUUUUAAAAUCUGCUCCAGUGAAGGUGAAGGCUCUGUGGAAUUCUAUACCCGUGGGAAUUCGAUGAAGUGGCAGGCGAGCUUCAGUCCACCAGGUCAUUACUGGACUCACAUUCUCUUCACGUGGAAAUCAAAAGAAGGACUGAAGGUCUAUGUGAAUGGAACUUUAAACACCACUGACCCAAAUGGGAAAGUUUUCUAUGAUUAUGGGGACCCUACAGCAAAUCUGCUGACUGGGACAGAGGGUGAUCAAACCAAACGCUAUGUGAAUGGAGCUUUCGAUGAAUUCAUCAUAUGGGAAAGGGCGCUUACCCCCGAUGAAAUUGAGCAAUACUUUACAGCUGCUAUUGGUGCACAGGCUUUACUUUCUUCAACAACAUCAUGGUCCAUCAUGACCACUACAAGUACCAUGCUCUCCACAGAUGCCUAUCAUCCUAUCAUAACUAAUCUAACUGAGGAGAGAGGAAACUUUCAGUCCCCAAAUGCAAUGCUGCACUACCUGGAAAACAUAUCAAUCAGCUUGCCCAACAAAUCUCUGGUGGAAAAUACUGCCUUGAACCUGACAGAGGCUUUCCUGAAGGCUGUUGGAGAUGUUCUUUUAUUGCCCAACUGGGUUGAUACAUCAGUGUCUGUUUCUGUUGUGGGAGGCUUAAUUGAAACGAUUGACAAUGUGAUGGUGCAUAUGGCUCGCAAUCUGGAAGGAAUCCACCCAGCUGUAACCAUCGAGGGCACAUCAACUGUGGCAGAUUACUCUUUGGUCAAAAUGCCUCCUCAGACUCUGAAUUUGUCCCAUUACCGCUUCCCAUCUCAGGGAAAGAGUUAUAUUUCCAUCCCCAGUGAAGCAUUUCACAACAAAGCAUGGAUCACCAUCGUGGGCCUGCUUUACCACAGCAUACAUUAUUACUUCCAUAACAUCAACCCUAUGGAAACCAAGAUUGCUGAAGCUACUGCUUAUAAAGGGUACAGGAUUUCAGCAACUAGCUAUCUUAUCUCCCUGAAAGUGGAACCUCCACCGACACUGUCUCAUAAUCUGUCAGGAUCUCCUCUGAUUACCAUUCAGCUCUCCCAUAAACUGACUCCCUGGCAAUAUAAUCAAGCAGUGAAUAAAAGCAACAAAGUUUACCUUUACUGCGCAUUUCUGGACUAUAGCAAUGGAAGUGGUGUCUGGUCUAAUGAGGGCUGCGUGCGUGAGAGUGGGGACCUCAACUACUCCGUCUGCCUUUGUAACCACCUCACCAACUUUGCCAUUUUGAUGCAAGUGGUACCCCUGAAGCUGACCAUUCAACACCAGGUGGCACUGUCAUCCAUCAGUUACAUUGGCUGCUCCCUGUCCAUCUUCUGCUUGACGAUCACGCUGGUCACCUUUGCUAUACUGUCGUCUGUCAGCACCAUCCGUAACCAGCGCUACCACAUCCAUGCCAACCUGUCCUUUGCCAUCUUAGUGGCUCAGAUCCUUCUUCUCAUCAGCUUUCAAUUCAACCCCGGGACAGUGCCAUGCAAAAUCUUGGCCAUUCUACUUCAUUUCUUCUUCCUGAGUGCUUUUGCUUGGAUGCUGGUGGAAGGAUUUCAUCUUUACAGCAUGGUGAUCAAAGUGUUUGGGUCAGAAGAGAGCAAGCAUUUAUAUUACUAUGGAAUUGGAUGGGGGUGCCCAUUGGUGAUUUGCAUCGUUUCUGCAACGUCAGCCACUGACAGCUACGGAGAAAAGGGCAAUUGCUGGCUUUCGCUGGAGAACGGAGCAAUUUGGGCUUUUGUGGCUCCAGCCCUGUUUGUCAUUGUGGUCAAUAUUGGCAUUCUCAUUGCGGUCACAAGAGUCAUCUCAAGAAUCAGUGCAGACAACUAUAAGGUGCAUGGAGAUGCCAAUGCAUUCAAGCUGACAGCUAAGGCAGUUGCUGUAUUGUUGCCGAUCUUGGGAAGUUCAUGGAUCUUUGGCGUUCUAGCCGUCAAUGACCACGCAUUAGUAUUUCAGUAUAUGUUUGCAGUAUUCAAUUCUCUGCAAGGUUUUUUCAUCUUUCUGUUUCACUGCCUUCUGAAUUCAGAGGUUAGAGCUGCCUUUAAACACAAAACCAAAGUGUGGUCCCUCACAAGCAGUUCGGUUCGAAACGUCAAUGUGAAACCCUUCAACUCUGACAUCAUGACCGGAAACAAACCAGGCACCACUCCUACGAAGCUGAACACCUGGGACAAAAGCACCAAUUCAGGCAAUAGGAUUGACCUAUCAGCUGUCUGACAUUAGACCCAGUUUCUCACCGAAAAUCAAGCCAUACAUUCAGGACCUCUGACAUAGUCUACCAGUAAUUUCUCACUGUUCAUGCCAGUCGGAACUGCUCUUCUAAUCACUGCCUAAUAAAUUGGAAAUUGCCAUAGUGUUUUAUUGAGUAUGUACAAUCAGUCCUCAUCUGCUUGCCUCUCCACUUACAAUUCAAUCUGCCACUUGGACAAGAGCAGUACCUGCAGAAUAACUAGCACAAAUAUACACUGGAUGGUUUUGUCAGUGAUGAUGAAAACAGUAGGUGUGGAAAGGUGAUUAUUCCUGUCGAAUUCAUUCUGGACUACAGGACUGAGGAAAGCUAACGUACCUCAGGAUGUUUUAUACUCUACAAAUGAAAUGUUUCCUACUGGGAUUUUGUAGUUGAGCUGGUUUUGUGUAGCAGUGCAUUCAUUCUGUUUACAUUUAGUAUUUUAAGUAACCCAAAUACCCCAGUAAAAUGUAUUCAGAACACAAACAGCCAACAGGCAUUUCAUUUGAAUUCUGUAAAUGACCUGGAGGGAAAAAAAGCAAGCUCCAACCAAUCAGCCCAAAACACAGACUUGGGACUGUCAAAUCUGAUAUAACGUUGUAUCUGUGUCCCACAAACAGUGCAUGUAGCACACACUAGUCACACGCAUACACACACAGUUAGCUUGUUAAGUAUUCCCUUUGACGUGGCAUCGGUAAAAGAUAUGCAUGCCUAAGUAUGUGCCACACCAAUCCUCACUGCUAGUUUAGUUUGACUGGCGAUUUGUGUCUGCUGGCAUACUGCAAUACAAGGCAGUCGCCUGAAUCUUUCUGAUGCAAUCAACAACUGUCCAUCAAGUGCAUUUCGCAAACAGACUUGACCUGUAGCUUUUCGAAAUCAAAAUCUGACUCUCUUAUCUUUCUCCUUUUUUCUGGUCAGACUGAGGCACUGAAGUCCAAACAUAAAAAUGUAAUGCAACAAAAUACUGUGAAGGCAGCAAGACUGCGGAUGGGUCUUUGUAUGGUUAUCUACAGACAUAUUUUAAAUAGACCUCAAGACAGUCUCUUGUGUUUUAAAGUCUGCUCUGCAUUUUGCAGCUUUUGCUUUAAUAUCUUUAUGUGGGGGGUGAGGAAGGGGGAAUGACAUUUUUUAUUUAGCCCAAUGUCUUCCUGGUCCUUACAAACUAUGUCAGUGAGUAUUUAAUCCAUGGACGUUUUGGGUACCAGUGCUAUAGUCAGCUAGCUUUGGGGGACAAGUUGGCUUUCUGGCAUGAAUACAAUCCUGAGAGCUCAAAGUAGCCAGGGACUAAUUUAUUCCCAAGGCUUAUUUAGCAAGAAGGCUCCCCAAAAUUCCUAUAAUUGGGGCUCACUGGAUAUCUCCUUUUCCCAGCCAUCUCUUUCCCACAUCCCCUAGGCAAAUCCUCUGGAAGCUUAUUCUGGUUUUCUUAAUGGUUUGUCCCACAAGAAUGGCACAGGAUAACUAGCAGAGGGGCUGAAGUAUUGAUCUAUCAUUUCAAAGUGUCCCUUACCCCUUAAUCAAAGGUUUAUAUAAAUUUCAGGCCAAUUGUCAUCUUCCUCAACUUUGUUUUGCUAUAGGUUCAGGGGCCUGGGAUUUGCUGCUAUUAGGGACUGGGGCUUGAGGAUCCCCAGCAACACGCUGUUAGCGUUUUGCCAUUGAUAUGCCUCUGCAUGGGGAGAAUUUUUGUCUGAAGAACCAUACAUUUAUAGAAGAAUGAAGUUUCUAUGGGAACUGAAACUAGUUGUGAAUUUGGCUAAUAUCAUAUUUUCUCACGUACAACAUCUACCUUGCCUCCAAAACCAGCUGCUGACAACUGGAGUGCACGCUAUAUGCAAGGAAAUGUGGUAAGAGCAGUUUCUGCUGCUUGCUUACCAGGAAAAAGUGAAACUAAAGUCUGCAUGAGCAGGCUUGGCCCCCUGGCUGCUGCUACUCGGGUCCUUACUGCAAUGAAAGAUUUAUUUACUUCAUUCUGUCUUUCAUAAACAAGGCGCAUAUUUUAUCACAGACAUGUUAUAUGCGAGAAAAUAUGGUGGUCUGGGACGAAAAAAAGCUAAUAGGGAAGAGUUAGAGAAGGUCAAAAAAUUAUUUCGACAUUUUCAGACUGGAAUGUUUAAUUUUCGAAAUCCGUAUAUAUUUCACGUUCACUCUUUCAAACUGCAACUUUUGACUUUCUCAUUAAAAACGCAAAGGCCUGUACAGGCAGAGAGAGCUAAUAGUGUUUUACACUGCAAGAAACCCAAACUUUUCAGAUAUGAAUUAACACUUUUCUGUUAAAAUUUGAUGUAAAUUAAAAAAAAAAAGGGGGGGGGGGGAGUAAAACAGCAUUAUAAGUGAAACAAAGCAUUUUGUUUUGAGUAGACCCAAAAUAAUUUCGAGUUUUCGUUCCCCAGAUCUUUUGAUUUUGCCAUAGAAUAAACUAAUUCAUUCUUCACCCGGUUCUAGUCCCUAACCCAGUGGUGCCCAGCCUUUUGGCCUCAUGGGCCAGACAUGGGAGGCAGGGUCAAUCCAUGGGCCCAACCUGGUAUGGGCGACCGUCCUGCCAGGGCCCAUACUAAUGCGUGAGGCCCAGCCCUGUGUAUGGAAUUGGACCCCAGCUCUGAGCACUGGAUAGGGCCCACUGCCCCAUUGCAAGACAGAGGGCCACCUCAUCUGGCCCGCAGGCUUGGAAAUUUGGCUGUGGGGAAGUGGUGGCAGCUUUCAUUACCACUGCUUUUCUGCCACCACAUUUCCAGACCUCUGGGGAGCCCCAUAGGACAGGUGACGUGGCUCUGCAGGCUGGAUCGGGCCUGCGGAGGCUGAGCACCACUGCUUAACCACGACUGAGCCAGUCUGCAGUAACUGAGUUGACUUCAACAGGCGCGGCGAUCUGUGGGCCGCUGUGUCUGUCCGAGAGAGAUUUGUGAAUACAGUCCGCUGAUUAAUCCUAACCUUAUCUUUUCCAGAUAACUAUUUUGAAAAUAUGAAUAUUUUGUUGACAGUUAACUAUAAUAGCAGGAAAUGCUAAAUAAUGAAGUAGCUGUAUCUGUCAGUUGGCUUUUGUGAAUAGCUUGUUCUUAGCCCUUUGAGCAUUGGAAUAAUUGUUACAACUCCGCAAACAUAUCAGACGCUUGUGGACAGAGCAUGUCGUCCGGAUGUAUGGCAGCAGGUUGUAACAGAACAGUACUGUGAUAAGAGUUCAAAGCAUCUGUGUUGUGUGUGGGCAAACUAUUUAAACUGUUUUGUUUUUUUUUUUAUACUGGAGCACAUUUUUUUUAAAACUGUGACCAUGGAUAUAGAUUUUAAACCCUAUUUACUCUUCUACUCAUUUUGCUAUAGUAUAUUCCGUUGUGUUCACAGAAUCACCUACGUUUAAAAAAAAAAAAUCUUGGUUUUUAAAUAUAUACAUUUGCUUCUAUGCGUUUUCUUACCUGCUGCACUACUCUUAUACUGAAUUUAUAGCAGUCACAUAGGUCACUGCUGGUGGCAAUUAUUACUUUAGAUCAGUCUGAAAACAACAUUUAGCACACAAUAUGAGAGCACGUACUAUAAAGGGUUAAAUCUAUUUUUCAUCCAGGCUUAUCAUAUUAUAAAGUGAUCCCUAAAAAUACAUGAAUAGGCUCAAUGAAUCAUAAAAAUGAUUUUAACGCUGCAAUGUGACAUAGAUGUAUUAUAUAAGGAGGGAACAUUUAUUAUCCUGUAUGUGCUGAGACCUAUUGUAGAUACUGCAAUAUUUUUUCCAGUGAAUAACCAGUGUCCCAUUGCUUUAACUUUGCAUUUUGAACAUUACCUGUAAUAAAGAAUUAUAUCUUGGUUAUGCCACAUGAGGUUAAGAGUUAGAACACUGUAUUAGUAAUUCUGUUAGGAAAAACAGAAACAAACCAUAAAUGUUGCUCGUUUCGAUCUAAGUCUGUUCAUCUUGUUUGACUCAAUGUAUUUUUCAGUUUUACUGAAUGCAGCAAAUGUACCGAAUAAGAAAGACUCAAAUUAAUCUUUUUUUUUUUUUAAACCCUCCUCUUAUCCUCAGCCUUUUAAAGUAUGAAGAUCAUGAAACUUAUUUAUAGGCUUGUAUAUAGCAGCUCUUGCAAUAUUUCCUUAAGAUGGCAUUAUUUUGUCAAUGGUAUGAAAUCUUAAUUGAAUGAGAUGCGAGUUUGAAAAUAGAUUAUGUAGCAGGAAUGACUUUGCGAGCAAGUAAUAAAGUAAUUUAGGUUUUUUUCCACCCCCAAAAUAAAAUAAGAAAUCUUAAUUUCCUAACAGAA